UCCAUCCCACAACAGGUACCGUUAGACCAAGUUUGCCCCAGCCAUAGGAACAUGAUGACGUCACCGCAGGUGGCUGUGAGUCACUUUCAUCCAUGCCAGUGUCAAUUCGCGACAUCCACGCUCGUCGCCCUGAGAUUGCCCCAAAGCGCCGCUGCGUUCCUGGUUUGCAAACUGCGAUUCCGUUCCCAAGCGCCUUGCCUAAACGCCAAUAAUACCGUAAAUAUCCUGUGAAGACCCUAUUACCUUUUUUUAACGACGUCAUGGCUAGAUGGAUCGACAUAUUUUCUUUGUCUGUCACUACCAUGAUCUUCGUUGGCAUGAUCCUAGCUAUCAUAUAUUUUGCAAGGCGUAUUUCGUCCACCGUUGAGGUAACCAAGGAAUCACUCAAAAACCGAGGAAUAUCCGUAUCUGACAGUGGAGUCUCCAUCAAAACCAACAAACGAUUCGACAUGGAACAUUACGUCGAUGCCACGCAGCGCGGUUUAAUCAAAGCUAUGGAUGCCUCCUCGUUUGGUAACCCAGACACAAUCAAGUGUACGUCUUCUCAGGGGUCGGGGGGCGGAUGCAGCUCAGAGGGUGAAGUCCAUGCGAAACCAACUUCGACAGCCUCAGCUGUCGCAAUGCACAAGAGUCAUAGCAAAUGACUCGACUGUCUGUCCGUCCGCAGUACAACUGACCCAUGAAAUUGCAACCCAUGGUAUGUUGUGGCUUCAGCAUCUAUCGUUCGCAUUUUGUUCGCAUGUUGUCCACCUCAUCAAUGUAUAAAAGCUUCUUCGGCGAUUCUUGUAGUAUGUACUCCAAACAUCGAAAUAUGUGCUGGGAGAGGUUGGUGGCUCGAACACUCC